UUCAUACUCCGUACAUAUUUAAGAUGUGCUUCGAAUGCCAUUAAAAUUAGAAUACAAUAAAGCAGUAGAAUUAAGGCAAAAACAAAAAAAUGUUGAAAACGAUUUUGCAAAAUUUUCGUUCCAACGGGAAAUGUUUGAUGAAAAUGUCCACUGUACCCGAAGCAACAGCAAUUAAGUCGCAUACGGCCAACAUCAACGGUCAAAUAAUAAAUUACAUAAAAGUUGGCAACGGAAAACGAAGCGUGCUGUGCUUCCCGGGCGCGCUCGGCACCAUUUGGAGCGACUUCAAGCCCCAAAUCGAAGGCCUCAACCGAAGCGAAUUCACCACAAUCGUCUGGGAUCCCCCGGGUUACGGCGACAGCAGACCGCCCAACAGGAAUUUCACCGAAAAUUUCUACGAAAACGACGCCGAUACGGCCCAGCAAUUCAUGAAGUUUUUAGGCAUUAGGAAAUUCUCGCUGUUGGGCUGGAGCGACGGAGGCAUCUCCGGUCUGAUACUGGCGGCUAAAUAUCAAGAAAACGUGGAGAAAUUGGUGGUGUGGGGCUCGAAUUCCUACGUGAUCGAAGAGGAAUUGGAGGCGUACGAGAAACUGAGAGACACCGCGAAGUGGUCGGAGAAAAUGAAGGGCCCUCUGGUGGCGAUGUACACGGAAGAGGGGCUGCAUAACAUGUGGAACGAUUGGUGCGAUACGUUGGUGAAGAUCUAUUCGAAAGGCGGUGAUAUUUGCAAAGGAGUUUUGAAGGAUAUCAAAUGUCCUACGAUGAUUUUGCACGGCGAUAAAGAUCCUCUGGUGGCCGACGAACAUCCCGAUUAUCUAUUGAAAAACAUUAAACGAUCAAAGUUGCACAGGUAUCCGGAUGGAAAGCACAAUAUCCAUUUAAAGUACGCCGAUGAUUUUAACAAACGCGUCACCGAUUUCCUAUUGCUAUAACAAAAAUAUUUUAUAUUCUUAAACGAUUUUAUAAAGAAAAAUUAAAAAAAACUAAUUUGUU